AUGAUAACAAUGGAUCAUUCCGAACUUAUUCAAGAAAUGGUGCUGUUAGAAAAAAUGACAGCACAAGAACGACUUAAACAUGCUCGACGAAGACGACAACAACAACUUAAAAAUUGGCUUACGAGAGAAGGUUUAUCAAGUAAUGGUACAGUAAUAUCAAAUGGUAUAACAGCGAAACCAAUAAAACCACCAACUAAAUCAAGAAAAGUUUCAGUUAAAUUUCCUGAAAAUGUUGUUCUAUUAGAAGCUGCAGCACGUCAAGAUAUUGAAGAAGUUCGUAAUCUUCUUCAGUCCGGAAAAUAUAGUCCAAAUACAGCAAAUGAAGAUGGUCUUACACCAAUUCAUCAAUGUUCAAUUGAUAAUAGUGAAAAAUUAUUAAGAUUAUUAAUUGAAUAUGGUGGUGAUGUGAAUGCUAAAGAUCGUGAUCUAUGGACUCCAUUACAUGCUGCAGCGACUUGUGGUCAUCUACAAAUAUGUCGAAUUUUAAUAGAAAAUGGUGCUGAAUUAUUAGCUUUAAAUGCUGAUGGUAAUAUGCCAUAUGAUAUAUGUGAUGAUGAUACAACUCUUGAUUAUAUUGAAACACAAAUGGAUCGUAUUGGUAUUACACAAGAGAUGAUUGAUAAAACACGAACAUUAGUUGAAAAUCAAAUGUUAAUUGAUUUACAGAAUCUUGUUAAAAAAAAAUCUCAAGGAUCAUCACGUUCAAUUGAUGAUAUACUUUCAUAUCGAAAUGCUGAAGGUGUAACACCAUUACAUAUUGCUAGUGCAAAUGGUUAUCAAACAGUUGUAGAAUAUUUAUUAAAACAAUAUGUUUCAAUUAAUCUUCAAGAUAGUGAUGGAUGGACACCAACUCAUGCUGCAGCAUUCUGGUGUCAACAACCAAUUCUUACUCAAUUAAUUAAAGGUGGAGCAGAUAUUUAUGAAAAAUCACCUGAUGGUCGAUCAGCUCUUGAUCUAUGUGAAGAUCCUGAUUUACGUUCAUAUAUGAUUGAUUUACAAGAACAAAAUAUACGUAAUCAAGAAAAAGCUGCAGCAGCUGCGGCGGCUGCAGCUGCUCAACAAUUACAACAAAAAUUAAAUGGUCGUAGUCAAUUAAAUACAAAUUCUUUACCUAAUGGAAUAACAUCUCGUACGGGUAAUUUAUAUGAAUCACGUUCAAGUGUUUCAUCACCCUAUGGAAGUGGUUCAUCAUUAAAUCGAACAAGUUCAAUUCGUCGAGCAUCAAUACGUGAUCGUGAAAAAGUCAAAAAAUUAAAUGAAAACUUCCUUGAUGUUUUACAAGCACGUGAUAAAAUACAAGAAGAUGCUGAUGAAGGAACAGCAACAACAAAUGGUAUAACAACUAAUGGAAUAAUAUCACCUAUAAUAACAAAAAAAUCAUCACAUAAAGAAGAUCAUACGAAUAGUGUCACAACAACAGCAACAGAUUCAACUGUACGAGAACCAACAACAGUAAUUUCUACGAAAAAAUCACCCGCACCCAUUGCUGAUCAAACUUUACCUCCAUUAAAAGUUCCACCACCACUACCUUUACCAUUACCGUCACAAACACUACCACCACCAAAUCAAACGACUGCAGAUACAUUAAGUGAAGUAAAACGACGCCGUGAAGAACGACGUCGUGGAUUUGGUGGAUCAACAUCAAAUGUUCUUCCAACAGCAACUUCUUCACCUCUUCCAUUUCCUAAGACAGAUAUAAAUCAUAAUAAUACAAAACUAACCAAUGGUUAUCAUGGACCAAAUACAGAUAAUUCAUUAGAGAGAUAUGCUUCACCUAAACAAGUUCAAAUUCAUCAUCAUAUAACAGAUGAUGAUCAUGAGAAACGAAUUUGCUGUACUAUUUUGUGA